AUGUCGUCUGCAAGACGACAGCCAUCUACGGCUUCGCUCGCUAAAUAUGCACGAUCAGCGUCUGCGGCUCCAGACGACCACGUCUCUUUCAACGGCGCUCGCUCCCUUGACUUCUGCAACGCGUUCUGGGGGGUUGGCGAUGGCGGCGUUGAUGUCUUGUUCGCCAGGAUGAGAGGUGCUGCCAGAACGAUGGAGGAAUUAAAGAAUUUCUGGAAGGAAAGAGCUGCCAUUGAAGAGGAAUAUGCAAAACGACUCGCCAAGCUCGCAAAGAUGUCUAUAGGCAAAGACGAGAUAGGAGAACUUCGCAACUCCAUUGACACUCUCCGUCUUGAAACCGACAAACAAGCCGGAGGUCACAUGCAACUUGCCCAACAACUCCGUACGGAAAUCGAAGGUUCCGUUGCUGCCUUUGCAGCCAAGCAACAACAACACAAAAAGGUUUACCAAGCAGCAAUCGAGAAAGAGUUCCGCACCAAACAGACGCGUGAGCAGCACGCCUCCAAAGCACGUGAGAAAUAUGAAUCCGAUUGCGUGCGCAUCAAUUCGUACACCGCUCAGAGUACCCUCGUACAGGGUAAAGACUUGGAAAAGAUCCAUCUGAAGUUGGAAAGGGCACAACAGACUGUACAGGUCAAUGAGAAUGAUUAUGCACAGUUCACACGAGUGUUACAAGAAACAGUUCAGAAGUGGGAGCAGGAUUGGAGGGCGUUUUGCGAUAGCUGUCAGGAUUUGGAAGAGGAGAGGAUGGAAUUCGUGAAGGACAACUUGUGGUCAUAUGCCAAUGCUGUUUCUACUGUCUGUGUCUCUGACGACGAGUCCUGUGAAAAGAUGCGUCUCGCACUCGAACAAAUGGAACCAGAGAAAGAAAUGGACAACUUCGUUCACGACUAUGGUACCGGCAAUGCCAUCCCCGAACCCCCCACUUUCAUUAACUACGCCAACACUGAUGCGCCGCCCGUCAAUCAUAACAGAAUCAUGACCCGUCCAGCGGCAUAUGCGAGGGUGACACAAAGGGUGCUGAAAUCUAUGUCAGCCCAGGAAGAAGAAUUGCCAUUUGACAACGGAGCGAAUCAUGCGGGUGUAGGUGCUGGCGGAGGACCUCCGACGAGGGGUGCUCCGACAGAGGCCGAUCUUUCGAGGAGCGCAACGCAUAAGUCGCAGAGGUCCCAGGCGAAUGGUAUCAAUGGACAUGUUUCCCCCUCUCGCGAACAAACUUCGUCAGCUAUCCAACAACAGGCUCAGACUCAGCAAGCACAGAGACGCAACAGUACCGCGUCUGGACUUGUUCGUGCCCCGUCUCAAGCGCGUACACAUGGGCACUCCCACUCUCAGUCCUAUUCGCAUUUUCAGACAUCCUCGGCGGCUCAUGUUCACCCCCCAGAUCCUGUCGAUCCUACUGUAUCGAGCACGCAGCUUGUGAUCGGGAACAAAGCAUGGGAAGUCGACCCUUCUAAAGAUCCUCAGCAACAGAGGUCCGGUCCCAGCACCGCACAAUCGGCAUCACGCACAUCCCCACCCGUUGGCAUCGGUGCGGGUGAUGACCCGCUGGUCAAGCAAAUGGCGGAAUUGAGCACGGCUGCAGCUGCAGCGAAGGGACCCGAGCGACGGCACACUAUACGCAAGGAUACUCCAAGUUCGAGGACAUCCCCAUCUUUGGGGGGGAAGCCGUCGGAGACUUUAUCGACACCUGUAUCAGGGCUCAGUUCAGGAUCUAGCCCCAAUACCAGGGACUACCGCAAUAGCGGCGAUGUCGUUGUGGGGUCGUAUCCACUCGCACACUCGCGCCCGUCAUCUCCCAAUCCUGUCCCUCCCACUGCGGUACUUGCAGGGCCUCCGUCUCGUGCCGGGGCAUCCUCGGCAUCUACAUCGUUAUCUGGCACGUCAGGCCUGUCUGCGCCAAUGUCUGGGGCUGGGAUGCCUGCAUCGUCGGCGUCGGGGGGUGUACCUGUCGAACAAGUAGUCGCGAAUUAUCAGAGGCCGUUCCCCGGCGAGCCGAGGAGUAGAGCGAAUUCAUAUGUCGGUGUAGCCCCUCCGCCCAUUGCUACCGGUCAGUCCCCUUCUGGUGCCGGCCAGAAUCCACAACAGAUGCAACAUCAGGACCCAGGACCCAGGCCGACCAGUCGAGCUGGGUACCCUGGAAUAGGAACGGCAUCAUUAAUGGCAAGUGGUCCUUCUCCUGUACGUGGUGCGAGUCCUGUGGGCGGUUUCGGGCCAGGUGCUGUGCAACCCUAUGGAAAGGGGAUGGGGGGACCGGUCGCCGUUGGCGGGGCGCCGCAGGGCGGGAGUCAACAACUUAUGAGGGGAACGAGUAUUUCGUAUACGCAAGGAUCGCAAUCCCUGCAUCAUCAACAACUUCAACUACAGCAUCAUCCACAGCACCAACCACAACAACAAAGACCUGUGACGCCUUCGAACCCCGUCGGUAUUGCUCUCGGCCCGGACGGGCGUGUCGUACACGACCAGAUGGCAGUUCAAACCGUGGCGCAGCCGCAGCAUCGACCGACGCAUUCAGUAGGGCAGACUCCGGUGUCACCCUACAGUGCAGGAGGGUAUGGCGACGGCCGUAUGGGUGGCGGUGGCGGCCAGGUACUGCCACCUGCCCAACCACCCUCGAGGAACGAGUAUUAUGGUGCUGUUGUGCCCGCGACGACACAGGCUCCUCCCGGGCCAUACGGUAGUCACCCCGCACACUACGAAUCGCACCAUGCGUCUCAUUAUAGUGCUCCCCCGCCCUCUCAUGCACCACAACCAGCAGUGGUGGCACCCCCAUCAUCAUAUGGCGGAGGCGGAGGCGGAGGGUAUGGUCCGCCUGUACGUCAUCCGAGCGUGAGCGGAGGUGGUGCAUAUGGUAGUACUGGACAAUACCCGUCUCAGCAGGGGUAUCAGCAAGGACCUGUCGUGCACGGCUCUAAUAAUCAGCAGGUAAGGUACUAUGGGGGGUCAGGUGCAGGAAACGGUUUCAGAGCGCCGAGUCCGGCCGUCGGGAGGUCGCCGUCGCCGCAACCUCCGAGGGGACAGUAUGCACCGACAUGUUCAUACACGGACGAUGGGAGGCCAAUCUUGUUUUAUGUCAAAGCUUUGUAUGACUACGCUGCUACGAUCGACGAGGAGUUUGAUUUCCAGGCCGGGGAUAUCAUCGCUGUGACGGAGACGCCAGAGGAUGGGUGGUGGUCUGGGGAGUUACUGGAUGAGGCGAGGAAGCAGCCCGGGAGGCACGUGUUUCCGAGUAACUUUGUGUGUCUGUUCUAG